AUGCUUCUUGAAAUGGAUGCAAAAACCCGAGACCAAGCCCAAAAACAUAGAAAAAGAAUGAAGACCAAGUUGACUCUGUUGUAUGAAGCUGAGGAGCUUCAGGAACACGCAUCCCAUUACACUACAUCUCAUUUCACUGCAUCCUAUUACACAACAUCCCAUCACACUGCAUCUCAUCACACUGCAUCCCAUCACACUGCAUCCCAUCACACUGCAUCCCAUCACACUGCAUCCAUCACACUCCAUCCCAUCACACUGCAUCCAUCACACUGCAUCCAUCACACUGCAUCUCAUCACACUGCAUCCCAUCACACUGCAUCCAUCACACUGCAUCCAUCACAGUGCAUCCAUCACACUGCAUCCCAUCACAAUGCAUCUCAUCACACCGCAUCCAUCACACCGCAUCCAUCACACUGCAUCCAUCACACACUGCAUCUCAUCACACAUCUCAUCACACUGCAUCCAUCACACCAUCCCAUCACACCGCAUCCCAUCACACUGCAUCCAUCACACUGCAUCCAUCACACCGCAUCCAUCACACCAUCCAUCACACUGCAUCUCAUCACACUGCAUCUCAUCACACUGCAUCCAACAAAAUGCAACCAUCACAGUGCAUCCAUCACACUGCAUCCAUCACAUUUCAUCCAUCACUCUGCCUCCAUCACACCCCAUCCCAUCCCACUGCCUCCCAUCACCCUGCAUCCAUCACACUGCAUCUCAUCACACUGCAUCCAUCAUACUGCAUCCAUCACACUGCAUCCAUCACACUGCAUCCAUCACACUGCAUCUCAUCACACUGCAUCUCAUCACACUGCAUCCCAUCACACUGCAUCCAUCACACUGCAUCCCAUCACACUGCAUCUCAUCACACUGCAUCUCAUCACACUGCAUCCCAUCACACUGCAUCUCAUCACACUGCAUCCCAUCACACUGCAUCCCAUCACACUGCAUCCCAUCACACUGCAUCCAUCACACUGCAUCCCAUCACACUGCAUCCCAUCACACUGCAUCCCUUCACACUGCAUCCAUCACACUGCAUCCCUUCACACUGCAUCCAUCACACUGCAUCCCAUCACACUGCAUCUCAUUAUACUGCAUCCCAUCAUAGUUCAGAACCAUUUGGCCUUCCUCAUCCCACCCAGACAGCAAAAACAACAAAUUGCCCCUGCGUUCUAA